AUGACGAGGCCGUCAAUUAUCCGCGCCGGUAUGUUUUGCAUCCAGUAUCUGUCUGCCUGGUCACCCGGUCUUUUUCCUACCCACCGUCUGCGCCAUGCCAUGGACCGCGGACCAUGGACCGUGGUCCUUCGUUCUCCCCUCACCCCUGGUCGUCGUCGUCGUCGUCGUCGCGGCCGCCUCUCUCGUUUUCAGCCCGGGAGGUGUUUACUCGCGACUGCACAUGCCGGGCUGCUUCAGGUUGUCCGGGCUGUCCAUGCUACUCGUGCUGUUCAUGCUGCUCAGGCUGUUCUGCGACGGAGCAGUGCAUUCCAGCCACCUGCGCAGCUUGCCCGAUCUUCCCACCACACGCUCGAUCUUCAGGAUCACGUUGCGCCGUCGGCGAAGGACCACCAUCCCAGCCACCCUCACGUCUCCGGUACGCCUCCUGGCGCUCCGGGCUUGUCAAUUGCUCCUCACCAGGCCGAGACCCUUCGCGAGGUCGCUCUCGAGACCGCCGUCGCCGAGGCCCGUAGCCCAAGCGUGUCCUCGGUCAACGGCAAAGCCGACCACGACACCAGCCAACUGCUCCGACAGCACGACGCCGACGACCAUUCAGCUGUGGCCACCCACGACGUCGCCGCAGGUGGCCUGGGUAUUGAAAUGUAUCACGGCCAUCAGCAAGAUGCCUUGGCCAUUGCGCAGAAUGGAGGCCUCACCCCGGCCGACGAAGAUGACCUUGACGGCGACGGCGACGAUCUAGAUGACGACCUAAUGGAUAAGAUUUCCAGUUCUCCCUCUAUAGAAGACGCGGCUUGGCCGCGGCGUGACUCUUCUCUCGCAUCAUUGCCCCGACAAAUGGAGAUUGCGAACAACCCCCCCGAAAUGGUUGAGCCAGUAGCUGCAGGCUGCGUCAAUCUCGAGCAAGCUUUUCCCGCUCCUGAGACAAGUGUAUCACCGCACAGCAAACCCGAGUCUGUUGCUGAGUGGCAACAUCGGUCGGAUUCUCGACGGCAAUACGCAGGCUCAAGCUUUGGCCGAGGUCGGGGUCAGGAUCGUGACGAAAAAUGCGAGAGUCUCACAGAGCUUGAAGUCGGUCGUCUCAAUAGAGCUACAAGUCAGGAAGCGGAUUGCCCUCCUUGUGCCAUCGCAGACUGGCCUGGCCAUUCGGCGCGUCUCACCAAGGCUUAG